GGGUGUGGGCUGGACAGUCAUGGGUGAGCCAGGCCGUGAAGAGUAUGAAAUCCAGUCCUUUGAUGCUGAGACCCAGAGGUUAUUGAAGACUGCCCUCAAAGAACCUGGUGCUGUGGAUUUGGAGAAAGUGGCCAAUGUGAUUGUGGACCAAUCCCUGAAAGACUGUAUGUUCAGCAAGGAAGCCGGACGCAUUUGCUACACCAUCAUUCAGGCAGAGAGCAAGCAAGCCAGCCAGAGUGUCUUCCGUCGGGGCCUCCUCAAUCGGCUGCAGCAGGAGUACCAGGCCCGGGAGCAGCUCCGAGCCCGAUCCCUGCAGGGCUGGGUCUGCUACGUCACCUUCAUCUGCAACAUCUUUGACUACCUGAGGGUGAACAACAUGCCUAUGAUGGCACUGGUCAACCCUGUCUAUGACUGCCUUUUUCGACUGGCACAGCCUGACAGCCUGCACAAGGAGGAGGAGGUGGACUGCCUGGUGUUACAACUCCACCGAAUUGGAGAGCAACUGGAGAAAAUGAAUGGGCAGAGGAUGGAUGAGCUGUUUGGUCUGCUGCGUGAUGGCUUCCUGCUCCAAGGUGGGCUCAGCUCCCUGUCCCAGCUCCUGCUGCUGGAGCUGAUUGAGUUCCGGGCUGCUGGCUGGAGGACCACACCUGCUGCCCAGAAAUAUUAUUACAGCGAGGUUUCUGACUAGGCUGGCCCAGCCUCAGGGCCCACUCACCAGCACCUUCCAGAAGGCUUCUGUCUAUACACGUCACUCUCGCCAAGACGGUGCCCCACGCACAGGCUCACAUAUCUGAACUCGUGUCCCCAGGGUUUUCUCUCUUCUGACUUGUUUACUACUAGGGGUUCUCCCCAGCUCCAAGCUUUGGGCUUACAGCAGUGCCGCCCUCAGCCACUUUCUUCCUGUCAAGCACUUCUAACUUACGCAGAGGGGUGAGGGCAAGGCAGCACACAGGCUUCCUGGCCUCCUCUACUGUACUUCAACUGCAGAGAAACAUACAUGAAGAGCUAGAAGGAACCUCAGAAAACAAUGACCUCACCCCCCUCAUUUUACAGAUAAGAAAACUGAGGCCCAGAGAAGUUAAAUGAUUUACUGAUGGUUCACACAGAUAAUCUGAAUGUCUGAAACGGUAUUCAAACCCAGGUCUUCCUGAUUCCAAGCCCAAUGCACUAACACCCUACCUCCUCAACUAAGUGAUUGGACAUCCCCACCCCUACUGGGGAACUUGGUAGUGAAGGACAACUCUACCAUCCUUGCACUGUGCAACCAUCAGUACAUCUUCUCCCUUGAGACCUCAGUUUUCUGAUUUGUAAAAUGGGAAAUCAGCGGUUAGGAUGCUUUGAAAUCUUCAGGGGGCAAAGCAUGGAAGGGAGCAUUUAAGAACUGGGGCCAAGUCUCUGAACUACCUGCAUGAAAGGGAGGCUUCCAAAGCCAGGUAAAGAGGCCGAGGCACCAGAGCACAAGUAGUGCUAGAAACCGGGUUUAUUGUUUUGGUUUUUUUUUAUAAUUUUUGUACAAAAAUGACUUGGGAAACAAGGGUAUUUUAUCCAGACAAGUUUUAAUGAGCUGCUGACCAAAACACUGGUUCAGUGUGGGAUUUAAAAAUUUAUAUAUACACAUAUAUAUAAGUAAUUUAUUAUGAACCAGUAUAGGACUUUUCUAGUAAACCUUUUCUAAAGUGAA